AUGAACGCCGGCAGGAGCCAUGCAGCUAGGCGCACCGUAAGUUAAUUGUUUUUCAGGUGAAACGAUUGGAUGCUACAGGCUGACAGGAAUGCUCAAGCUCUCAGGGUUAACAGGUACGACAAGAAAAAUAACCUAGUCUGUCUAAAACAGUAGCGACCACCAACCCAUAGAAAAGGCGCAGUAGCGACUUGCAUGCGAACUUGUUUACUGUAAAACAGGCGCUUUUGGCGAUCCUGUAUCACAACAGGCUCACCGUAUAUUGCUUACAUCUGAGGAAAUGAAUGACCGGUUAGUUCAUCAACACUGGUGGUUUGUUUAUACGUACCCAUAUUCAGAGUGUCUUUCAAAUCUCGCAGUAACCGCCUCGACCGGCGGACUAAAUCAGAUGAGAGUGUCCUGUCCUGCAUGUGCCCACAUUCGAUAAUUCUGUCCCCAUUCCAAUGCUUUCUCCUUCCAUUCGCCUUACCCUCCCACCGCCUUCAAAAAGUCUUAUGGGAGGGGGCGACACGUAAUCCCGUAGGUGGCUCAGACUAACUCUGGUCGUUCUCUACUAAACAAAGCCGUGAUUCAGAGUGGAGUGGGAUGUCUAAGCGGCCCUAAUUAGGAAUAGCACUACUUACCCCCUCGCGGAAAAGGGGCUAGAAAAGGUGCUCCAACCAAGGGCCGAGAAACGCUGCCAUCUGCACGCAUACGGUGGCUCAUAGAGGCAAACCUCAAGGCAGCGUGACGCAACGCUGGCGUCGCCUUUGACAUCCCAAAACGACAUCGUGGGACGAUUGUCUUGUCUGCCGCAGGGCGUCAACGAUCGCCUCGUGAGCCUAUGCUCCCUCUGAGAGUCGAAUUUGCCACCAUCAUCAGUGUUUAUGCUCCCCCCCCCCCCUCCCCCAAUCACCAGAUCCGAUCAGGCGAAAAACAAGUUCAACAUGGACCAGUGCGCCCUCCUGGUGACUGUGCCGAAGCCAGGCAAUCUGGUUGUCCUUCGUGACUUCAACGUCCGCGUCGGCACAGACCAUGCUGCCUGGAGAGUAGUGAUGGGUCCCCAUAGUCUCGACGGCUCCAGUGACAAUGACCUGCUCCUUCUACGAACCUGCGCAGAACACUAGCUUAUUCUGGCCAACACCUUCUUCCGCCUCCUGAUGCGAGAGAUGCACCCUCGGUCGCGACACUCGCACCUGCUGGACUAUGUCCUCGUCCGGAGGCGAUACCAGCGAGACGAGUUGGUGACAAAGGCGAUUCCGGGUGCCGACGGGUGGACCGACCAUCGGCUCGUCAUCUCCAAGCUGAGGAUUCGCCUACAGCCUCGCUGGAGACCUCAAGGUUAGCAACCACCAGGCAAGUCAGAUAUUGCUCCGUUGUCUUUGUCUGCUCACCAUCUCCAUUUCAGAAAUGAGCUAGCUCAAAGGCUAGCCAACCUUUCAGUCGCCACCGCCGACGAUAACGCCUCCGUGGAAAACCGAUGGUGUUAACUGCGGGACACAGUCCAGUCGACGGCCCUGGCUGUCUUCGAUCGUGUAUGUCACCAACACCAGGACUGGUUUGACGAUAAUGACUGCCUCAAUUGAAGACCAACGCUGACCUCGACCUCCUAACCUCUAUCCACGAUACCAUCAGGACCGUGCAGCAGCUUUUUAGCGGGAAAGCCCCCGGAUCGGACGCGAUCCAUGCUGAGAUCUACAAGCGUUGUGGCCCCAAACUCAUGGAUAAUCUGACGGCGCUCUUCCAGAUGUGGCAGCAAGGACAAGUCCCGCAGGAAUCCAAGAACACCACAAUCGUUCACCUCUAUCCGCCGAAAGGUAAUCGUCAGCUCUGUGACAACCAUCGGGGCAUCUCCUUGCUGAAAACUGCCGGGAAAACCUUCGCUCGCAUCCUUCUCAACUGCCCGAACAAUCACCCGGAACAGCGUCUGCUGCCGGAAAGCCACUGCGGCUUCCGCCGUCAUCGUGGAACCACCGACCUGAGCUUCGAUGCCCGCUAA